UGCAAUCAAAGUAUUCCUUUUCAUCUCCGAGUAGAGAGAUGAAACCAUCUACAAAGCAUUCACUUUCUUUCAAUCAUUUUCUCAUCCUCGCUAUUGUUGCAGUGGUAGGGGUUUUCCCAGAAAAUGUAAUCUCUGCAGGCUCAAAGGUUGAUGUUCUUCCUGGCUUUGAAGGGCCCCUCCCUUUCCAUCUUGAGACUGGGUAUAUCGGUGUGGGGGAAUCCGAGGAAAUACAGCUCUUUUACUACUUUGUUAAAUCGGAAACAAAUCCCAAAGAUGAUCCUGUCAUACUUUGGCUUUCAGGAGAGCAGGGUUGUUCAUCUUUAACUGGACUUGUUUAUGAAAUAGGGCCACUAUUUUUUGAGGCAAAAGUGUAUAAUGGAACCCUACCAACAUUGUUGCUCAGUGGACAUUCAUUAACAAGGAAUGCCAGCAUGAUCUUUUUGGAUCAACUCCCAAAUAUUGGAUUUUCAUACUCAACCAAAACAACCACUUACACUGAUGUACAAGCAAGCAAUUACAUUUAUGAAUUUCUACAAAAGUGGUUUGGUCAGAACCAAGACUUUGUAUCAAAUCCAUUCUUCAUCGCAAGUAGUUCUUAUGGAGGUCUUAUUGUUCCUACUAUUGUUGAACUUAUAUCAGAUGGAAAUGAAGCUGCCAAGAAGCCAAUCAAUCUUGAGGGAUAUAUACUGGGCAACCCCAAAACUUUUCAUCGUGAAGAAAAUUUCAGAGUUGAAUUUGCUUAUGGAAUGGGAUUUAUGGCAACUGAAUUCUAUGAGUCAUUGAAAGAAAGUUGUAAAGGUGAGUAUAUGCACGUGGAUCCGGAGAACAAAUUAUGUGCUCAAGGCCUUCAGAAGUACAAUAAGUUGGUAGAUGGGAUUUGUAAACAGCACAUUCUUGAGACCUGUUGUGGACCUGAAGAACCUACCACAGAGUUAUCUUUGGGUGCAAGAAGAGCCCUUGAUGAACAACGUAUCAGAUCUUUCAAUGAGAAAUUCCUCUAUCAGGAUCGCGAUGGUGAAGAUGAUGAUAAGCUAAUUUGUCGUGUUAACUACCAUCGACUUUCCAACUACUGGGCAAAUGACCCUAGUGUCCAAAAAGCUCUUCAUGUUCGUAAGGUCUCUUCUGAAAAGUGGGUGAGGUGCAAUUGGAACACUGUGUCAAAAAGCUACAAAGUUACGAUACAGGACACAAGACAGCAACAUGCAGCUCUUAAUGCCAAAGGCUAUAGGUCACUUAUAUACAGCGGUGAUCAUGAUAUGAUUGUUCCCUUCGAAUCAACUCAAGCCUGGAUAAAAGAUUUGAACUAUACCAUCGAUCAUGAUUGGAGUCCAUAUUACGUGAUUCAUAGCAAAGAGCAAGAUGUCCUUGUUCCUCCGUUUAAAUUUGAGGUGUAUUCUGAAGUUGGCGGGUACACAAGAAAUUUCACCAGUAAAAUGACAUACGCAACAGUAAAGGGUGGAGGGCAUAUUGCUACUGAGCCAUGGCCUGAUAAGUGUGUUGCUUUGAUUUCGAGAUGGAUAGCUGGAAAAGACAUAGCUACCCCGCCUCCAACUGAUACUACAGCAUUAAAACAAUUUAUGCAAUAUGGAAAAGAUAUGUCAUCAUCAACAUUCUCCCAGCUCCAGGCUUUAGCUACAGCCUUCCCAUUUAUCUUCUCAUAAUAACUACUAGAUGAUGUUCUGAUCUGCCUUUUUAUGAAAUUAAUUAUGGAUAGUAAAAUAAUGUUGAUGGAUGCAUACAUGUAUUAGAGUGGACAAUUGGAUAGUGUAUGUCAAUCCCAUUAUCCACAGAGUUUUUUUUUUUUUUUUUUUUUUUUNUUUUUUUUUUUUU